AUGCUCGCCGCAUCGACCAACGGCUCGAGCAGUUUCAACUUUGACGACCAGGACAGCGAGUGGCCCAGCAGACCGACAGGAUUUAUUCACAACCGGUCGACGAGCAUCGGCUCCAGUUGGCAGGUCACGUCCAUCGGCCGGGGCUUUGACUGGAACAAAGGCGAGGUCGACGUCGACGAAGACUCGGUGGAAGAGGGCGAGGAGAGCAGCUCAGACUCUGAGGACACGAUGCCCUACGCCUCCCCAAAGGGCCCCUCCCUCUCCGUCCUCGGCCCCGUGCUCACCAAUGCCCGGCCCAAUGUCGUCACCCUCGAGCCGCUUUCGAUCUCUCCCACAUCCGUCCUGCCCCCGACCAUGUCCCAUCCACACUCCCGCGGCCCCUCCCGCCCAGGCUCUAGGCCAAUCACUCCCGCCCUCCCCUUUCCCUCGAUGGUCUCCCCAAUCUCACAGUCGGCUGUCGGCCGCACUCCGCCUUCUCCUGUCAUCCGGCCAAGGCGACGAUCCUCCCAGCAGCGCGUCUCGUUGUUUGCUGGGCGCGUAUCAAUCACCCCGGCCGAGCCGCCCGCCGAGCCUCAUGCAGUGCCGCCAGUACCACCACCAAAGUUCGUCCGUUCGGGCAGCACCGCCAGCUACUUGAGUUCCGCCUCUAGCGUCUGUGCACCCUCGGCUUCAGAGGAGUCUACCCCUACCGUGGAAACUGCCGGGCGUACCAUCUCGGAGUUUGCAGUCCAGGGCGAAAUCGGUCGCGGUGCUUAUGGAUUGGUCAAGAAGGCGCGCGAGAUCUUGCCUGACGGUAAUCUUGGCCCUCCACUAGUCAUCAAACAAGUCAUAAAGUCCCGUAUUCUUGCAGACUGUUGGAAGAAGCACCCAAAGUUCGGCACAAUUCCGAUAGAGAUAUACGUUAUGUCGUCCAUCUCCAAUACGUCUUACGUCCUUCCCGCACGGCGACCCUGGGAUCCGUCUAGACUGUCGCCUGCUCAACAUACCUCUCCCGCGAGCUCCGAGAGCUUCGUCUGGGAAGAGGGUAAGAUCGUUAAAGGACAUCCUAAUAUCUGCCCGCUGUUAGACUUCUUCGAGGACACGAACUACUACUACCUGGUCCUACCCUCCUCGGUACCGGAGGCUGCACCGAAUCAACCCGUUCCUCCUUCCGACCUCUUUGACUUGGUCGAGGCUUAUCCAGAAGGUCUCCCGCCACACCUGAUCCGGACUUACCUGGGCCAGAUGGCCGAUGCUCUCAGCUUCUUGCAUUCAAAGGGAAUCGUUCACCGCGAUAUCAAGGAUGAAAAUGUCGUCCUUGGCGCCAACGAUCGCUCAAUCCUCAUCGAUUUCGGGAGCUCCGGUCUCGUCAAGAAGGGCGGCUGGGAUACCUUCAGCGGAACACUGGAUUACGCUGGCCCUGAGAUCCUUCGCGGAGAGCACUACGAAGGCAAGGCGCAGGACGUCUGGGCGUACGGCGUGGUCGCGUACGUCUUGCUUGUCGGCGAGUGCCCCUUCACGACUGCCGCCGAGGCACAAGAAGGUCUUGUCUCCCCCUUCUCCAACGCAUCUAUCGCCCUUGACGAACGCUGUCACGCGGAUGAGACCUUCGGCGAAGAAGCUGAUGGCGGCGGCGCUCUCAUGGACGCUGCAGCGCUGGUACGCGCAUGCCUCCAACUCGAGGUGUCCGACCGUCCAACCUUUGACCGUAUCAUGGAAUCACGCUUCCUAUCGGGCGGCGAAGGCUGGACGGGAGACGAUUAUUGA